UCCCCUCUUGUUUUUAUUAAGCUUCAAAAACAAAUCACCAGCCCACCCAAAGCCAAGCCAAGCCAAGCCAUCCAGUCCAGUACCUUUCGAGUUUCAAAAGAAUUGCAGCGAGAGAAAAUAAAUGGCGGGGUUGAUUUCUUUGAGAUCAACAAGGGUUCCUUUCCUUACCAAACCCAAACCUUCUCCUCUCCAUCACGGGCCCAACAACUUCUCCAUGAACCCAAACCCGGGUUCCGGGAAUCGGUUUUCCGUUACCUCCAUUAAAGCUCAACAGGCUGAGGCUUCAACAGUGAACAAGGAAGAUGAGCUAAAAGCGAAGGAAUGGGAAGUGAGGAUGCUGCAAGAAGAGGUAGCUGCUAGCCAAGGUAUAAGAAUCAGACGAAGGCCACCCACUGGCCCACCUGUGCACUAUGUGGGACCCUUUGAAUUUCGGAUUCAGAAUGAAGGCAACACUCCUCGUAACAUCCUUGAGGAAAUUGUUUGGAACAAGGAUGUGGAAGUUUCUCACAUGAAACAGAGAAAGCCACUUUCUUCGCUAAAGAAAUAUCUUGAGAAUGCUCCUCCCACAAGGGAUUUUGUUGGAGCUCUUAGGGAAGCAAAUCAUCGAACGGGGUUUCCUGGUUUGAUUGCUGAAGUCAAGAAGGCUUCACCAAGUAGAGGGAUUUUAAGAGAGGAUUUUGAUCCUGUUGAAAUUGCCAAAGCUUACGAGAAAGGAGGAGCCGCAUGUCUUAGUGUUUUGACAGAUGAAAAAUAUUUUAAGGGGAGCUUUGAAAACCUGGAGGCAAUAAGAAAUGCUGGAGUAAAGUGCCCCCUGCUUUGCAAAGAGUUUGUUGUGGACGCAUGGCAGAUCUUCUAUGCUCGGAUUAAAGGUGCAGAUGCGAUUCUUUUAAUUGCUGCUGUUCUUCCUGAUCUUGACAUCAAAUACAUGACUAAGAUAUGCAAGAUGCUUGGUUUGACUGCACUUGUGGAGGUCCAUGAUGAGAGAGAAAUGGAUCGCGUACUUGCAAUAGAAGGGGUCGAACUUAUUGGCAUCAACAAUCGUAACCUUGAAACAUUUGAGGUUGAUAUCAGUAACACAAAGAAGCUUCUUGAAGGAGAGCGCGGUCAGCUUAUCCGUCAAAAAGACAUAAUUGUUGUUGGGGAAUCUGGGCUAUUUACUCCUGAUGAUAUUGCUUAUGUGCAAGAAGCUGGUGUCAAAGCAGUUUUGGUUGGGGAGUCAAUUGUGAAACAGAGUGAUCCUGGGAAGGGAAUAUCAGGACUUUUUGGUGAAGAUAUCUCCUUGUAAGCUCAAAGUAGGAACAUCAACCUUGUUGUAGCUGGCAUAGAGUGAAGUUAAACUGAGGCACUUGUUACUUACAUAUACGUGUUCCUGCAUCCUUAUUUCUCGCCAUGCUUUCCCAUGAUGUCUUGAACUGUAGUGGGAAUCAUUUUGGGGUUGGUCCAAAAGUUGUAUUUGAAACAUGUACGCAGUGUUCAUUACAAUGGAAGAAUUGUAAAAUUAAUGAUAGAUUUCUUAUGAAGUAGCGCAUCUGGUUUUUUUCUA